AUGGACAAGCUAGCAGUCGAACUACUCACCGAGAUCUUCCUAUAUGCCUGCAGUGACGGCGGCCAGACCGGCUGCUCGCUCGCGCUCGUUUCCAAGCGCGUCCGCGCCCUCUCCCGCCCAGCCCGCUUCUUCUCCGUCGCCCUCUUCAGCUCGCCCACAAAGAUCGAGCAGUUCCUCCAUGCCUACCAACAGGAACGUGCGCGCGCCCCAGACAUGCUCCCCCGCGUCCGCCACCUCUGGCUCUCUUACGACGAGAACGGCGAGGGCCACUCGGGCAUGCCCAUGGCCGUCGCGCCUGCAAAGCCACCAACCUCGCGCGCGGAGUUCCUCGCCGCGCUGCAGCGGCGCACGCAGAGCUGGCGCUCCGCGCAGGUUAACCUCGACGAGCAGUACAACCGCGUGAUCCCGAUGCUCAUGCGCGAGGUCUCCCCAGACCUGCACUCGCUCGCGCUCAACCAGUCACGCUGGCGGAGCACGGCUGCUGUGCGCUGCAGCUUCCCGCGCCUGCGCGAGCUGACGUGCAUCGGAGGCGACCCGAGCUUCCUCCCGUUUGCCCUGGCGGACGAGGAGGGCGCGCCGCUGUACCCUGCGCUGCAGCGCCUGCAUCACAUCCUCACGCCGAACUGCAAAGACGUUAACUUCAUAAACUGGGCAAGGCAUGCACCCGCGCUCACGCAUCUGCGGGUCUCGCGCCUCGACUUCUGGCCACGCUCGACGGUAGAGACGCUGGAGGAGGUCAUCAGCGAUGCAUCCACGAACGAGUACUUCCCGAACCUGCAGCAAGUGAUCAUUCUACCCCACCCGCCGCCCCCUCCAGGCACGAGCGUAUCCGAGGCAUGCUACCACCAGUUCCAGCUGUACCUGCACGACCUCCCCGAGCGCGUCAAGGCGCCGCUGGAAGUCUUGCCGCCCAUGAUCAAGGCUCGCCCGCACCAGGGGCUUGACGCGCCCAAGGAGUGUAUAGUGAACCUACGCAGGCUGUGGAUCGCGCGGAUUGAGGGGCUCCCGGGAUGCUGGGCGAUUGGGCCGCCGCGGGCGUGA